AGUGGCGUGCUGGCGCCAAUUGUGUUCAGGCAGUCCAUGCUGAAAAUGUAUUUUAGCUCUUCUAGUGACUUCUAAUGACGAAGGAGUUGGUUACUCGAGUUUUCUACCGUUUUAAACAGCAAAGCUCCUUAUAACACUUCGAGACGUAUCAUGACUUCAUUAAGUUUGAACGGAGUGACAGUGCACUUUCCUUUCACUCCGUAUGACUGUCAGAAGGACUACAUGACUAAAGUGAUUGAAUGUCUUCAGAAGGAGGCUAAUGGCGUCCUUGAGAGUCCCACAGGCACUGGGAAAACCUUGUGUCUACUAUGUGCCACCUUGGCUUGGAGGGAGCACUUCAAAGACACCAUCUCUGCACGUAAAAUAGCGGAAAGGUUGAAAGGGAAGGAGAUGUUUGCUGAUAGUCCUCUCGAAUCUUGGGGGCCAGCUUCAAAAGAUGGUUCAACACUAACUUCCUACAGUGAUGUUCCCAAGAUCAUAUAUGCAUCACGGACACACUCGCAGCUCACCCAAGUUGUUAAUGAGUUAAAGAACACGUCAUACAAACCUAAGGUAUCUGUGUUGGGGUCAAGAGAGCAGUUGUGUAUAAAUCCAGAAGUAAUGCGUCAGGAAAGCCACCAUGCUAAGGUCCAUAUGUGUCGAACAAAGGUCUCCUCAAGGUCUUGUGUCUUCUACAACAAUGUUGAAGAGAACAGCACUGACAGAGAAUUGGUGGAUGGUAUUGUGGAUGUGGAAGACCUGGUCAAAUUUGGCAAGAAAAAAAAGGCUUGCCCUUAUUAUCUCUCACGUUCUUUAAAACAGCAGGCUGAUAUGAUUUUUAUGCCUUACAACUACCUGCUGGAUCCAAAGAGCCGCAAAGCUCACAGCAUCGAGUUGACUGGAUCUGUUGUAAUCUUUGAUGAGGCCCAUAAUGUAGAAAGGACGUGUGAAGAGUCAACAUCAUUUGAUAUGACUCCAUAUGAUUUAGCCUCAGCCAUUAAUGCGCUUACCAGAGUGCUGAGUGACCAUGCUCAAGAAGCCAGUUUAGUGGAAGCUUCUUCUCAAGGUUUAAAAACAGACAUAAAAGUUGUUGCUAAUCUCAAAGAGAUUCUGUUGAAACUGGAGGCUGCUAUUGAUUCCUUUGAUGUUGCAGGUGAUAAAGGCAUAACAAAACCUGGAAUCUUCAUAUAUGAGCUGUUAGAGAGAGCCCUCUUGACAUACGACACCAAGGACUGUGUGUUUGAAGCUCUGGAGCAGAUCAUUGGAUACCUAGCAGGACAGCCGGGGAUCUUUCUCAAUACGAGUGGAUUGCAGAAGCUCUUGGAUAUCAUACAGCUGGUGUUCUGUGGUGAAGUAUCAUCAUCACCGAUGGAGCGGCAACAGAAAAUGGAAGCUAAUACAGCUCCUUUUAAGGUUCACAUCCAUCAAGACACCAGCGCUCAGAGAAAACAAAAAAAUGGCCCAUGGGCUUCAUCAACAAAGAAAGCAGGAAACAUUCUGAGUUAUUGGUGUUUCUCUCCGAGCUUCAGCAUGCAGGACCUGAAAAAUCAAGGUGUUCGCUGCAUCAUUCUGACCAGCGGUACCCUUUCUCCCCUGAGCUCCUUUACCUCAGAGAUGAGGAUACCGUUUCCAGUGUCUUUGGAAAACAACCAUGUAAUUGAGCGGGAUCAGAUCUUUGUAAGCGUCAUUGAACAGGGCCCAGAUAGGGUACCGUUGAGUUCAGCAUUUGAUAGAAGAUUUGUUCCUGAAAAUUUGUCGUCUUUAGGAAACACUGUGGUAAACCUUACCCGGAUUGUACCCCAUGGUCUCCUAUUGUUUUUUCCCUCCUUCUACUUAAUGGAAAAAACUUUGGAGUUCUGGAGAGACAAUGGACAUGCCGAUCGCAUUGAAAGUGUAAAGCCAAUGUUUGUCGAACCUAAAGGGAAGGGAGCUUUUACUGAGACUAUUGGGGGUUAUUACAACAAAGUCAGUGACUCCCAAUCUCGAGGCGGAAUCUUUGCUGCAGUGUGUCGAGGAAAGGCAAGCGAGGGUUUGGACUUUACUGAUACAUUUGGUCGAGGUGUUAUAAUCACUGGACUCCCCUUUCCACCGAAGUUAGACCCUCGAAUCAUUUUGAAGAUGCAAUUCUUAGAUGAGAUGAACCGAAAAAAAUUGCCUGGCCAGAAGUUCCUUACAGGGCAGGAGUGGUACAGAGAGCAGGCGUUCAGAGCUGUCAACCAGGCGAUUGGCAGAGUCAUUCGCCACAAGGAUGACUAUGGAGCCAUCUUCCUGUGUGAUCAGAGGUUUAAAAACAGAGACGCACAAUCUCACCUUCCUUCAUGGGUGAGGCCUUGUGUGCGUUUUUAUGACAACUUUGGGAACAUUGUCCGUGAUGUCUGCCAGUUCUUCAGGGUGGCGCAGAAAAUGAGGCCUGUGUUGGAGAAGAACCCUGGCUCUGAUCCCUCAGUGUUUGCUGCCAGUAGUUCUCUGUUGUCAGUCCCUCAGUGCUCUGGUUCUACUUCUUACACACCAUCCCAGAAACCAUACACUCAGAAGGCCAAAAUGCUGGACAUGCACACUUCUACUCUAAAAAGAAGGAGGGAUGAAGAUACUGAAUAUGCUAGUAUGUUUAAACAGUAUGAGUCUCAGACUCAAAAGAGUGAAAUAAAACCAAGCAACCUGUUUGAUGCACUUGAGCGAGUAGAGCACCAAAGAGGAGGCAAUGGGACUUUGGGAGCAGGGACGCAAAAUAAUUUGUCCACACUGUCACUUCAAUACGACAAGAGGAUGGAUGAGAUGAUGCGUGGAGGGAAACGCAAAAUAAAAUUGGUCCAAGAAAAGAAGCCAAGUGUUUCUUGUGUUGUUACUGGUGAUGGGAAAAACAACUUCGCUAGGAACUUCCUGGGAGAAAUGAAAUCAUCACUCAGCCAGGUCAACUUUGAGCAAAUUCGCCAGGCUCUGUAUUCAUACAAGAAAAAUGACAACCUGGACAAUCUGCUGCUAGACACGUCUUUAUUAACCCAUGACCCUCAUACUUACAGACUUUACCAGGGUUUAUACUCCUUUAUACGACCACAUCACAGGAAGACAUUUGACGAGAAAUGCCUGGAGCUGACUGGUACUGGCUGUGGAUACAAACUGGAAGAGUCUCUGUACAAAGAUGAGAAGAGAGCAGGGAUGUCGCAUAGUGAUGAACAACCCAGUGGGCUUUCAUCAUCCAGUUCCAGUUUUACAUCAAGUACGCAGCUGAAUGUAGAACAAUUCAAACGAGGACAUCAAGGUCCUCGAGAAACUCAGACUGGCACUGAUCCAAAGAGUCAAGUCCAGGCUGCCUUUUUGGCUGAUGUGAAAAAAGCACUUGGCCCAGAGGGAUCAGCUCAACUCUAUCAAGCCGUUAACGCCUACAAGAAGACAGACAACUAUGAAAAUAUGGUGACUGCGGCUGUUGCCUUAUUCACAGAGAGAGAUGAAAACUUCAGCCUUUUACUGAGAUUUGGAAAUAUAAUUCGCCAUCACCAUAAGAAGCAGUACAAAGAGAUGUUGAGAGCAUUGAUGGGUCAAGGUGCUGACACUGCUCCUGCAAAAACAGAUGAGACAAAAACAGAGGAAAGACAAUCAAGUGCAUGAUUUUACUGAAGUUGCUAUCAUACCAUUUCCAAAUCAUUUGAAACUCAGUGGAAAGCCUCUUUGUAUAUAUUGUACAGUAUGUGCAAAAUAUUAUGAUUACUGAAUAAUUCUGUUUGUAUGCUUUUUCUUGGG